UUCUUCCCGUUUUUUCUUCGUUCUCCUUCCUCCCGAGUUUCCUUCUACACACGCGAUUCUCGCGCGGGCGUCCUUGUUCUCCAACCUUCAGCCUAGCCGUGGAAACGCGACAGCUUCCGUUCCGUCGUCGGUUUGAAUUCACCGAAAUGGAACAUUGAAUUUACACACCGAUUGUAUUUCUUUCUUUUUUGUUUUUUGGACAUUCAAAAGUGUGAUUCCCGAUCGAACGUUGUUUUUGUGAUAUGUUCCUGAAGGAAAGUACGUGAUAGAGACGGAGAAAGAUGGAUGUUCCUCGAAUUUUCCUAGUACUGCUACUACUGGUAGUUUUAUGCAGCACAUCGUCAACCUUGAAAAAUGAUCGAGGAGGACCAUCCCACACCGACCGAGGUUCCAUCAGACAUAGCCGAAGAAUCUCCUUAAAUGAGUACCUUGUCCCGCCACCACCCCCUCGCCACCAUCCCGUCAGAACAGGGAGGCUAACCAACCCACAACCAACAGAAGCUCCAGGGUACUUCUCCAAACUGAUGAACUGGUUCAGUCCAUUUGCGUUCCAUUCUUUGCCAUCAUUGAAACCACCUGUAUACGAAAACCCUUUCCCCCCAACACCUCAAACCCACCUCCCAUCGUUCAAUGUGCACCCAGCUGCCACGCAUCCCGUUUCAUCCUUGCAUCCUCCUCCUGAACCACCAUCGAACUUACCUUUGUACCCACCUCUGAGUCCACCGCCUGGCCAUUCCGCCCCAGUUUUCGCACCCCCUCUUAACCCACACCCUGUCCCGCCACUGAGUCCUCCUCCUACCCAGCCUGCACCAAUUUACAAACCUCCACCAACUUCUUCACACGAAGCCAAACAGUAUCUCCCACCACCUAUCAAGGGCAAGUCCUGCAACCCUUGCAACAAAGUGCCCUGGAUUCCAAUGCAGGGCAACGAACAUCAUCCAGACAAGUACCAUCUUCCUCCCCAGAUUUCGAAUGGCUACCUUCCUCCUAGUGGUCACGGAAAUCACGACGCACAGUUCGCUGGAUCUCAUCAGAUCAACAUCCCAGACAUACCCCGCGGCCAACCUCAGCUAAACGGACAACCAGGAUUACUACCGAAUCCUCUAUUGCAUCCUAACCCAGUGCCACCAAUUUACAAGGCAGAACCUUUUGGUCAGCCUUCCCAACAGCCGCAUACCGACAACUUUGGCCUCCAACCGCCAUCUUUGCCGUUAUUGCCAGCAGUCACAGAUGAACAAAAUAAUGGACACUUUAAUGGCAAUCACGAUUUGACGUCCAGUGGAACGCAGAUAAGCCAAGGUCAUUCCGGUGUCACGCCCCAGAAUCAUGGGACCGAGAUCAAUAAGGAAAUUAACGAUCACAGUGAAUCGUUCGCAGCCUCUGCUCUUGAUAACCAGCCUGCGAUUUAUGGGCCACCUGUUGAUCAAGAGUAUCACGAUCCUGGGACACUGAAGCAAGGUCAUGAUGGGACUUCGAGUCAAAAUGGCCAAGAGCCCAUUGCCAGUUUUGGAUCGUCGGGUAUCGAUGACAUCCAGAACCAUGAGUUUGCUAGUCAGAAUGGAGAUGUCUAUCGUGAGACGUUCGAGUCAAAUCAGGGACAAUAUUUACCUGCGGAAUUAAGUGCACCCAGCUUUGGUAGCUCUACUUUUGACAAUCAGGCCGCUGGAUACUCGAAUUAUCAGUACUCCGAUGAUCUGUCUGUGAGCAGCAGCAUUAUCAAAGAUUCUCAUGCAAACGCGCUGAGUUCUGUUAGCGAUUCUGUGAAGAAUGACUCGAUAUACUUCGAAGAGUCGCCAUUGUUGGAUUUAACGAAGAAAGAUGAGGGUCACGAGCAAUGGCAGUCUAUUGUUGGUGACGAUAGUACCGUGAAACCGAGCACGGUGUACAAUUUGGACACUGUCGGCGCACUGCUCGACAAUUCGUCGAGUUUCGGUGGAUUAACGGAGUCUUACGCUUCGCCGAAUAUUCAAAAUGUUGAUGCUUUCAGACAUUCGACACCGUCGAUUGUUCACUUUUCUGAAAGCAAUGAAACUAGGUAUAUUGAAACGUCAACCGUUAGUGCAGACUAUUCUAGCCAGGAGGUCGAUGAUUCGUACGUUUCAACGUCCGGCCAGCCGAGUUCCGCGUGGACGAGUUUCCUGAGCAAUCUUGAUUCGAAGAAUGAAUCUGUGAGGAGUAAACAGAUACAGAAUUUUGAACUGCUUGGUAGACCAGACUCGAGGGAGCCUAACGAUGUGGUACAGAGACAGCAAAAUGUGAAGCGAAAUAAACAAGUGCAAGUUAUUAUACCGUACACGUCAGAUUACACACCAAUACCAUUCCAGCAAACUUACGGAGAUUGGAGCAUUAAAAAUAAUCUCGAGAGAACAGAAGGAAGAAAAGUUCCUCCACAAAAUGGUGUGAAGAUUGACAAUUAUCUGCAACAAGAAUCGAGAAACGAGAUUCGUUUAAUUAAUCAAUUACAAUCGCAAUUCAAUUUCAAUAAUUCGUAUAAAGCUAACUUAAAAGCUGUGUUAACAGCGACGAAUAAUGAUACAAAAAAUACAAAAGCAAACAAUUCCAUUGAUGUUCGAAGGUUGCAGAAAAACAUUGACAACUGGACGAUACAAGAGUACUCAAAACCUACUCCGUCCAGUACCAUUCUGCCAAGUUCUUCGCACCCUUAUCUUCUGCCAUCAAAGAAAAUUCCAACGGAGUAUUUGACAACAACCGAACCUGGUGACCACACAAGUGAAUUGAAAACCAACAGAGAAAGCGUGAGGUCGUAUUCUUUGGCUGGCUUUAGCUUUAACGAAGUGGAUCACGAAGGUUCAUCUAGCAACCACAUCGAAACAAUUCAAUCGCCUCCGAAAGUUGUUCGAAUAGAAACUUCGAAAUCAACGUCGAACGGUUCAGAAGUUACGAGUAAACCUACAACGGAAGGAAGUGUGACUUGGGAAGGGUAUUCCGUGUCGAUAUCGCCCGUGAAUAAAGAAAAAGUUUACGUGGUAACGCCGCAGCCGGUGCUAACAGCGUCUAAAACGAAACUGGAUAAACAGAGAAGAGGAGAGGUGCAGGAAACGAAUCGGUUGAACGCGAAGAACUCGUCGGAGAGCAAGGACAGCUUAAGUGAAUUCGAUGCGAUUGAGAAAGCAUACCAGGUGCUCCCGCAAGCAGUGAAUAACCUUGCAGUCGCGUCCACUGGGAAGGAAGACGUGCCUUUAUGGGGAAUUAUGGAACAUGAGGAAUUCGCUGCUCUGAAUUUGGACGGACACGACGACGAAACGGCUGAGGAUGUCGUGGAUGGGCCAGUGCUUUAUGCUGGACACUCAAAGGUUUCGCGAGCUAAGCGAUGACAAGGAGAUGGAUUCGUAAUUGGAGGUCUUAGGAAAAAUAACAAAUAACUGCCAAUAAGUAUUUAAUUUAAAUAUCGUUAAAAUAUUAUACGUAUUCCUCUUACUUUAAUGAUUUCUUGUAACAUCACAGAACACAAGCGCAAUAAUUUUAACGUUUCAAUGUAAACCUGGAACUCUACAACGGCCAGUAAGUAUUUAUAUACGUUUAAGUCUUUUGUAAAAUAACGAAUGAUUUUGUAAAAAGAUGAGGAGAAUGUUAAGCCUUCGAUACCAAUAACUAUUCUAACUCAUUUUUAUAUAAGAACGAAAAUAUCAAAUAAUUACGAAAUAUUUCAUAUACUUAAGUAUAAAAAUAUUUUUACAUUUUAUAUAGUAUUUAGUAUUUAAUUUUGGUGCUUUGUA